AUGAAAACCAUGAAUGCGUUGUCACAAGAUCGGUCUAUUGUCUCGUGUUUGCCUCAAUCAAACCUCUCCCACCUUUUUCACGAAUUUAGGUACGAGAACACAGCACAGCAGCGUCGUUUUCACCCCGCGUGUUUUACCAGAAACCCGGGUGAAAGUUUUUUCGGUUUUACAGAGAUUAACCAGAGGCUGAUUGACUGGGAUAUUCCAGUCCUGCGGUUUAUGGAUAGAGUAGUGCGACUAGAUUCUUUCGCUUUGGCGCUGCUCCGGCGGCCCAAUGCCGGCAUCCACGCAGUAGCAUCGGCAGUAGAGCACACGGAUUUGACAGGGAGGGAGCGGCGGCGGCAGAAGAACGAGCGUCGGCUGGAGCUCGCGGCAUCGCGUAAGUUGCCCAAACCAGAGGAAGAAGAGAAGAAGAAGGUGGAUCAAAGGAGGAAGAAGAAGAGCGAUCCAAGCCUGGCGAAUCUCGCCAAGAUGGGAAUGCAGUGGUACACGCUGCGAGUGUUCACCAACAACGAGGCCGAGUCCAUGGAAGCUCUUCGCUCGACGCUCGAGGCCGAAUUCCCAGAUGCAAAGUUUGAGGUAUGGUCUCCCAUAAUUCCCACCGAGAGUGUUGUUCGUGGAAAAUCCAGGUUCGCUAUGAAAGCUAUGCUCAGGGGUCAUAUUUUCCUUCGCUGCGUUCUUGAGGCUCCAGUUUACAGGCAUGCUAUGAACGAACGCUCGGUCUUUUGCUUCGUGGGAGCGUUUCCAUACAAGAUGAAGGCUGGCUAUGACACAAAGAUGAUGAAAGGUGGCUACCCGGAUGCUCGUAUCCCCGCGCCAGUCCCGAGCUAUCAGAUCGAGGCUCUUCGUGAAGAGGCUGCGACAAGAGAACGAGAGUUCAAGCUUGAACAACAGAAAAAGAAAGCCUCGGAAGAUCAAGUUCUUCUGGAGGUCAAGGAGGUGGAUGAUCUCGAGCAGCGGCAGGGGGAUUUGAGAGUUGGAGACAUGGUUGCAGUGAUCUCUGGUGCCUAUCAAAACUUUCAAGGAACAAUCCUUGAGUUCCUUCCGGCUGGAAAGGUGAAAAUUGUUCUGCCCGUAUUUGGGACGGAUACAGAGAUUGAAGUUGAUAUGGAUGCCCUUGUAAGCUAUCAAGAAACAAGGCCUUGAUAUUUAUCUGUAUCACAAUUUCAUUUAGAAAGGAAAAAUGUUAUUUAUUUUAAAAACUUUUCUUACCAGUGAA